AUGAAGGGUCUACUACUACCCUUGGUACUGGUCGCGCUCAUCGUUACGAAAAUCGAUCAUGCCAACGCAUCGCCAACGAUCGUUGUCACCAAUACCCCCUACUACCACGGUAUCGAUCUGUCCAUCGGCCUCGGCGGCACUGCCGAAAACGCUCCGCACCCUCAAGCUUCUCAGCCCCAGCAUGGAUCCUCCAAAGAUCGGGCUUCCAAGGAUUCCUCGCCCAAGACACUUCGAGGCGGCGUCGCGCCAGCUCCUGCCGAAGACUGUUUUCUACUCCCUGCGCUAACUGGACUGCUGAGUGCGGGAGCGUCGAGGGGCACUCCUCCGCCGUCGUCCCCCGACACAGCUGCGCUGCAGGCGAGCAUGACGCCUGGCGACAGUACACCUGAUUCUUCGAGUCCCCCUUCUGGCGGCACUUCGACUGCCUCCCCAGACUCGGGUUCGCCCGCGCCCGAUUAUCCAGAUUCGUCCGGAUACAGUGCGCCAGGUGGUCUCGAUACUCCGGACUCGCCAAGUGAUUCCAAUUCCUCAAAUGGAUUAGGUGGUCUCGGAAGUCCAGGCUCGAGCUCACCCGACUCUUCGAGCUCUCCAGGCGGACCAGGUGGACUAGGCGCUUCCGGAGGACCUGGUGGGCCCGGCAGUCCGGCCGUAGGCUCCCCCGAUUCUUCGAGCUCUCCUGGAUCGAAUGGAUCGAAUGGAUCGCCAGAUGACUGUGAUUCCCUAGAGGCUUCGGCUAGCGCGGGAUCAACCGGAACUUCAGGAAUGCCUGGUUCUAUCGAAUCUCCUGAAGGAUCUGGCGUUGGUGGUGGUGGAGGAGCGGGAGGUGCGGGAGGUGCAGGAGGUGAAGGAGGUGCAGGAGGUGCUGGUGGUGCUGGGGGAGGGGGAGGAGGGGGAGGAGCAGGAGGAGGAGGAGGUGGUAUUGGUGGUGGUGGCGGAGGAGGGGGAGGAGGGGGAGAAGACGCUGCUGGAGGACCGGAGUGCCAUAAAUGCGAACUCUCAAGCACUGCAGCUGACGGUCUUUCCGACUCUGCUUCGAGCAGCGACAAAUCCGGCAAAGCGACAACGGGUGGCGAUGCGGCUGAAGACUGCGAUAUGGACAAAAUCAAUAACAUCGAAGGCAGCGGUUCCUCGCCAUCCGGCGGCGGUGGCUCGAGCGACAAGGAAAAUUGCGACGACGACAAGGGUACCACUCCGUCUAAGUCCGAGGGAGAAUGUCACGACAACAAAGACUCCGACUCGUCGAAGUCUACAUCGAAGUCCAAGAGUGACAGCUCCUCUGGCAGCAGCGAUUCUAAAGAUGGCGGGUCGUCCUCGCGUCCUCCCCCGGAUGGGUCUGGCAGCGGUAGUCCACCUCCAAGUCCUGGACAAGGCGAUGGUGGAAGCUGUGGUCCUGCAGCGAAGUUCACGCACAUUCUCAAGACGUUGAUGCCUUCUGGAAGCGGCUCGGCCCCAGAAGUGACUUCUGGUGGUGGUAGUGGUACGCCUCCCAUUUCGUCUGGCGGAGGAGCUCCGCCGUCCGAUGCGUCGCCACCUGAAUCUUCUGCGCCUCCGGAAACGUCGCCACCUGGAUCGCCACCGUCGGGAUCGUCGCCACCUGAUUCGCCUCCGCCAAGCACACCUCCUCCCGACAUCACUUCUGGCGGUACAAGUGCCAAUCCACAAGACAAUUCGUCGCCAUCUCCCAGUUCGCCACCGUCAGGCACACCUCCUCCGGACAUCACUUCUGGCGGUCCAAGUGCCAAUCCACCAUCGGCUCCUCCAUGCAGCACUGACUCGGACGACAGCAGCAAGCCUCAGAAGAGAAGCGGUGCAUCGUCUGCAGACGCCAGCGGCAAUGGCCCCAGUGCCGCGUCUUCUGGUGGUGCGUCGGGUCCGUCGGACUCUUCCUCCGCCUCGUGUCCGGCCGAAUCGUCCAAAGCAACGCUCGAGAUCGCUCCGUGCGACUUCGCCCACCUCUUUGCUCACAUGAAGAUCACCCACACACAGCUGGCUAAGUUCGAAACCGGCUUGAAAGCUUUGCUCGAUUCUCACAAGGCGACGUACACGGUGGAUGGUAAGCAGGUUUCGGGUGAUCAGUUGGCUAAAUCGAAGGAUGGACAGGGAAAGAGGGCGAUGAUGGAUGAAAUCGGUGAUGACGCAAGGACUGGUGGUAGUGUCGAGACGAGAGAUGUGCCGACUGUAAGGAAGGGUAGGUUCUUGUACAGGGUUCGACGACAGCUCUUUUGA